AUGGGCCGCCGCUCACUGCGAGGUCACCAGACACAAGCGCCGCCCCCUCACUGCCCGGCCAUCUUCUCCGCGCCGCCGCCGCCGCCGCCGCCGCCCACGGGGACCUCCCGCCGCCCGCACCGCCAGGCCCCGCCGCCGCCCUGCUCUCAGCGAGGCCUCGCAGCAAGCAGGCCCCUCCCCCGGGGCUCGCCGCCUUCCCGCCGCUGCUCGCGCCACCAGAGCUCGGUGAGGGUCCAGGCCGCGGCGGCCUCAAGUGGACCCCGCGAGUUUGCGCGGUGCCUCAGGCCCAGCCGGCGACGACCGUUACCCCAACGGGCAAAGCCACUGUCAUCCCCGAGACUCCCCCGCCGCCGUCGUCGUAGCGCCGUCACGCAUGCGCAGAGCGCGCCCGCACCCUUCCCCCUGCCUCUUCCUCUUCUGAGCUUCCCUUCCCCCCUUGCUGUUCCUCUAAGCACCCCCUCCACGCCCGCCCUGCGCCACCGGCUGGCCCCGCGCAUGCGCGCACCGCUGCCCUAUGCCAGCGCCUUUAGCCCUCACGCGUGCGCUUUGACCAGAAAACCGGAUAAACACCUCAGCCGGCUCGCACCGGUCCCUCCCCUUAGCCUGCCCACCCCGGGCUCAAUGCGCAUGCCCGCCUCUCCACUUACGACUCGGCGCCUGCGCUCUGGGAGCCGGCCGUGCUCUCCGCCCCUCCCCCAUCUAAGACCCGGCGGGGGGCUGCAGGGCACCUAG